ACAUCCCUACAGUUCUCCAGGGCACACCAGAUUGGGAACCUGGAAGAUUACUACCAUUUUUACCAUAGCAAAACCUUUAAGAGAUCGACCUUGGGUAGCAGGGGCCCUCACACCUUCCUCAGGAUGGACCCCCAGGUGAAAUGGCUCCAACAGCAGGAAGUUAAACGCAGGGUGAAGAGACAGGUGCGAAGUGAUCCCCAAGCCCUUUAUUUCAACGACCCUAUUUGGUCCAACAUGUGGUACAUGCAUUGUGGCGACAAGAACAGUCGCUGCCGGUCGGAAAUGAAUGUCCAGGCGGCGUGGAAGCGGGGCUACACGGGGAAGAACGUGGUGGUCACCAUCCUGGAUGAUGGUAUAGAGAGGAAUCACCCCGACCUGGCCCCCAAUUACGAUUCCUACGCCAGCUAUGACGUCAAUGGAAACGAUUACGACCCGUCUCCUCGCUAUGAUGCCAGCAAUGAGAAUAAACAUGGUACUCGAUGUGCAGGAGAGGUCGCAGCCUCGGCCAACAACUCUUACUGCAUCGUGGGCGUGGCGUACAAUGCCAAAAUCGGAGGCGUCCGCAUGCUGGACGGCGACGUGACCGACGUGGUGGAGGCCAAGUCGCUGGGCAUCCGCCCCAACUACAUCGACAUCUACAGCGCCAGCUGGGGGCCGGACGACGACGGCAAGACGGUGGACGGGCCCGGCCGCCUGGCCAGACAGGCCUUCGAGUACGGCAUUAAAAAGGGCCGGCAGGGCCUGGGCUCCAUCUUUGUCUGGGCGUCGGGCAACGGCGGGCGUGAGGGGGACUACUGCUCCUGCGACGGCUACACCAACAGCAUCUACACCAUCUCCGUGAGCAGCACCACCGAGAACGGCUACAAGCCCUGGUACCUGGAGGAGUGUGCGUCCACCCUGGCCACCACCUACAGCAGCGGGGCAUUUUACGAGCGGAAAAUCGUCACCACGGACCUGCGCCAGCGCUGCACUGAUGGCCACACUGGGACUUCGGUUUCGGCCCCCAUGGUGGCCGGCAUCAUCGCCUUGGCUUUAGAAGCAAACAGCCAGCUGACCUGGAGGGAUGUCCAGCACCUGCUUGUGAAAACGUCCAGGCCGGCCCACCUCAAAGCCAACGACUGGAAAGUGAAUGGUGCUGGACAUAAAGUUAGCCAUCUCUACGGUUUUGGCUUGGUGGACGCGGAAGCCCUGGUCCUGGAGGCCAAGAAGUGGACGGCAGUGCCCUCCCAACACAUGUGUGUCGCCGUCACAGAUAAGAGGCCCAGGAGCAUCCCUGUGGUGCAGACGCUGCGGACCACAGCCCUGACAACCGCCUGCGCUGACCACUCAGACCAGCGUGUGAGCUACCUGGAGCACGUAGUGGCCCGCAUCUCCAUCUCCCACCCACGCCGAGGGGACCUGCAGAUCCAUCUGAUUUCUCCCUCGGGGACCAAGUCUCAACUUUUGGCAAAAAGAUUGCUGGAUCAUUCCAAUGAAGGGUUUACAAACUGGGAGUUCAUGAGCGUGCACUGCUGGGGAGAAAAGGCCGAGGGGGAGUGGACCUUGGAAAUCCAAGACAUGCCGUCCCAAGUCCGCAACCCAGAGAAACAAGGGAAACUGAAGGAGUGGAGCCUCGUCUUGUACGGCACGGCCGAGCACCCCUACAACACCUUCAGCUCCCAUCAGUCACGCUCGCGGAUGCUGGAGCUCUCGGCCCCCGAGCUGGAGCCACCCAAGGCCGCCCUGUCACCCUCCCAGCCCGACGUCCUAGAGGACGACGAGGACUACACAGCUCCUCCCACCCACGGCUCUCCUAAUAUUUUACAGACCAGUGUGUGCCACCCGGAGUGUGGGAACAAAGGCUGUGAUGGCCCCAAUGCUGACCAGUGUUUGAACUGUGUCCACUUCAGCCUGGGGAGCGUCAAGACCAGCAGGAAGUGCGUGAGUGUGUGUCCGUUGGGCUACUUUGGGGACACAGCAGCCAGACGCUGUCGCCGCUGCCACAGGGGAUGUGAGACGUGCUCGGGCCGGAGCCCGACGCAGUGCCUGUCCUGCCGCCGAGGGUUCUAUCACCAUCAGGAGACCAACACCUGUGUGACCCUCUGUCCUGCCGGAUUCUAUGCUGAUGAAAGUCAGAAGAAUUGCCUUAAAUGCCACCCAAGCUGUAAAAAGUGUGUUGAUGAACCAGAGAGAUGUACUGUCUGUAAAGAAGGAUUCAGCCUUGCACGGGGCAGCUGCAUUCCAGAUUGUGAACCGGGCACCUACUUUGAUUCUGAGCAAAUCAGGUGUGGAGAAUGUCAUCCCACCUGCCAGACCUGCGUGGGGCCCAGCAGAGAAGAAUGUAUUCACUGCGCGACAAACUUCCACUUCCAAGACUGGAGAUGUGUACCGGCCUGCGGUGAGGGCUUCUACCCAGAGGAGAUGCCGGGCUUGCCCCACAAAGUGUGCCGGAGAUGUGACGAGAACUGUUUGAGCUGCGAAGGCUCCAGGAGGAACUGCAGCCGGUGUAAGGCGGGCUUCAUGCAGCUGGGGACCUCGUGCAUCACCAACCACACAUGCAGCAACGCCGACGAGACGUUCUGCCAGAUGGUCAGAUCCAACGGGCUCUGUGAACGGAAGCUCUUCCUUCAGUUCUGCUGUCGCACGUGCCUCCUGGCUGGGUAGGGCGCCCCAUCCGCCCGUCCGCCCAUCCGUCCACCUUUCUCCAGACUGUCGGCCAGAGCCCUGCCUCUGACAGCAUCACCUCCCAGGAGCCAGGUCCCACUGUGGCGUCUCUGGGCACCUGACCAGGUGGGUGGGGGCCUUAAGGGGGACUUCCUGAAGCAGGGACAUCCCCCUCAUCCUCUGCUUGCUGGCUGCAUCCUUCUGACAGACUCAACAUGGGAACAGAACGAAUUACAGGAUCCACAGCUCAGAGCAGCUUCCGAGACCUUAAGUUUACUGAAUCUUCAAGACCAAAGCAGAAAGGCAGGAUGCUUGGCAUUCACACGUCACCCUCCUCCCUGUGCUUCUGUGCAGCUCCGUCAUGAACCUUGGCCCACUGGGGUUGCCGGCAGAACUCUGGGCUGACCCCCCGGGGGGCUCCACCAGCCACGGAGCUGUGGGGGAGAUGGUGUGGUCAGACUGGAAAUAAAACCGAUUUGGGGGGAGAAAGUGUGUGACCCCUGGUGACGGAGCCUCUGUGUCUACAUAGUUAGCUACUUCUGAAACCACAGCGAUGGCUUAGAAAGUCAAAUCCCACACCCGGAUGGGAAGCCCCUGCUCCCUCGGCAGAUCUUCCCUUCGAGUGGGCCCAGUGCCCCUGGGCACGGCGUCCUGUCUGUGUCUCUAGGAGUCUUGUGGCCUGAACGGUCACCUCUACCUGAUGCAGGGCCUUCCCAGGGUCCCCAAGAAGCAUCCCGGGGGGCCAGCCAAAAGGUGCACCCACGACCAAGCAAUUCCUCCUACCAAAAUGCAGACCCGGCUCAAGAAUUGUGAAUCGUUUGUCACUUCCCACUCCCACUUUGUGGAAUUGAUUCUGCUUCUCGAGAGACUUGUUCUUAAGGUGGGUGCUCCUGUAUCUGUGUCCCAGGAGCCUCACGACAUGGCUGGAUUGAUUUCUGCCAAACCUGUGUAGGCAUUUUAUAAGCUACGUGUUCUAAUUUUUACCAAUGUUAAUUAUUUUGCAAAAUAGUUCAUAUAUUUUCAUCGAUAUGCACAGAUCUGCCUGAUCGAUUCCCUUGAAGACGGGAGGAAACAUUUGCCUUAAAUUUUUUUGAGCUCAUUCUUCUCCAUUUGGACCCGCUCCCCUCUUUGACUGGAACGCCUUGGAUGUGUCCCCUGUCAGCUGGGGGGGAACCCAGCUGUUGUUCCUGGAAGCCACAGCUCCGGAAAAAGAAAUCCACAAAGCGAAUACAGUGUUAACCCUAAAUUAAUAAAAGAGUUAACAUCCCAGGGCAGAGAAGCCUGUGUUUCUUUCCAGGACAUGAUCAUUAAACGUGGCUACUGGCCAAUGUGUG